CCCACAAGGAGGGUGAAGGAAGGUGCAGGAGCAGUUCCCAGAAGGUGCUUUGGAGAGCUUCGGGUGGCAGAACUCUUGCUUGGAGCCUGUAACACACACCUGUGUUAGCAGAGGCUAUCCUCCAACCUCUGCAUCACCAUCAUUCUUGCCUAGCCUAGGAUGGACACCAACCAGGACCUCCCAGCCAUUGACAGUCACAGAGCCCUCCAAAUAUGGAUUACUGAGAACCUAAAGAUGCUGCCACUGCCUGAAAGGGCUCAUGGAAAUUUCUUCGAGGAAUGCUGCUAUAUCAUCCUUCACGUCCCUCAGAGCCCGAAGGCUAACCGGGGAGGGUCCAGCGACCUGCACUACUGGAUUGGAAAGGAGGCCAAUGCGGAGACCCAGGGGGCUGCAGUUACUUCUGUACAGCGCCUCCGGGAGGUUCUAGGAGAGCAGACGGUGCUGCACCGAGAGUCACAGGGCCAUGAGUCGGACUGCUUCCACUGUUAUUUCCACCCUGGAGUCGUCUACAGGAAGGGAGGUCGAGCCUCUGCCCUCAAGCACGUGGAGACCAACGUGUACAAUGUCCAGCGACUGUUGCACAUCAGGGGAAGGAAGCAUGUGUCUGCCACCGAGGUGACCUUGUCCUGGAACAGCUUUAAUAAGGGGGACAUCUUCCUGCUGGACCUGGGCAAGGUGAUGAUCCAAUGGAAUGGACCCAAAGCCAGCAUUUCUGAGAAGUCACGGGCGCUGGCCCUGACUUGCAGCCUCAGGGACAGGGAGCGUGGUGGCCGUGCCCAGAUCGGUGUGGUGGAGGACGAGAACAAAGCCACGGACCUCGUACACAUCAUGGAGGCUGUGCUGGGCUGCAGAUCAGGCAGCAUGAGUGCCGCUGUGCCCAGCGACAGCGUUAGCCAGCAGCAGAAGGCCAACGUCCGUCUCUACCAUGUCUUCGAGAAAGGAACGGACCUGGUGGUCCAGGAAUUGGCGACCCGCCCACUGACCCAGGACCUCCUGCAAGAGGAAGGCUGCUAUCUCCUGGACCAGGGUGGCUUCAAAAUUUACAUGUGGCAGGGACGGAAUUCCAGUCCCCAGGACAAAAAGGCUGCGUUCACCAGGGCUGUGGGCUUCAUCCACGCCAAGGGCUACCCAAGCUACACCAACGUGGAGGUGGUGAGCGAUGGUGCCGAGUCGACCGCCUUCCAGCAGCUGUUCCAGACGUGGUCGAAGGAGCCAGAUGGGAAAAAACACAGAGGGGGCCAUAAACGGAUGCAGGCAAAACUGGAUGUAAGCAAGCUGCACACCCAGCCUGAGCUAGCGGCCCAGCUCAGAAUGGUGGAUGAUGGCUCUGGGAACGUGGAGGUGUGGUGCAUCCAGGACUUACAAAGGCAGCCUGUGGACCCCAAGCACCACGGCCAGUUGUGCUCAGGAAACUGCUACCUUGCCCUCUACACAUACAAGAAUCUUGGCCGCGUCCGGUACAUCCUGUACCUGUGGCAGGGCCGCCAGACCACCAUAGAAGACACCAAGGCCCUGAACGGCAAUGCUGAGGAGAUGGACCUCAUGUACCAUGGAGCCCUGGUGCAGGCACAUGUGACCAUGGGCAGAGAGCCCCCCCACUUCCUAGCCAUCUUCCAGGGGCAGCUGGUGGUUUUCCAGGGGUGUGCAGACAAUGGAGGGAAGAGGCCGCCAAUCUCCAGCACGAGGCUGUUCCACAUGCAAGGGGCUGACAGCCUCAACACCAGAACUAUGGAGGUGCCAGCCCGCGCCUCCUCCCUCACGUCCGGUGACAUCUUCUUCCUGGUCACAACGGAUGUCUGCUACCUCUGGUUUGGGAAGGGCUGUAAUGGGGACCAGCGUGAGAUGGCGAGGAUGGUGGUCACCGUCUUCGCAGGAAAUAACGCAGAGACAGUGCUGGAGGGUCGGGAGCCUCCCCACUUCUGGGAAGCCCUAGGAGGCCGGGCCCCCUAUCCCAGCAACAAGAGGCUUCCCGAGGAGGUCUUCAGCACCCAGCCCCGACUGUUUGAAUGCUCCAGCCCCUCGGGCUGCCUGGUCCUCACGGAAGUGGUGUUCUUUGAUCAAGAGGACUUGGACAAGUAUGACGUCAUGUUACUAGACACCUGUCAGGAGAUCUUCCUGUGGCUUGGGGAAGAAGCAGGUGAGCAGAGGAAGGAGGCAGUGGCCUGGGGCCGGGAGUACCUGAGGACUCACCCAGCAGAGAGGAGCCUGGACACACCCAUCAUUCUAGUCAAGCAGGGCCAUGAGCCUGCCACCUUCACUGGGUGGUUUGUCACCUGGGACCCCUACAAGUGGAUGAACAACCAGUCCUAUGAGGAGGUUGUGGAAGGAAGCCUGGGCCCAGCAUCUGUCAUCUCUGAGAUAACAGCAGUAAGUCUUCAGCAGUUUCCCUGGUCUGGGUUCAGAUGGUGCCAAGAGGCCUGUGGGUUCAAUGUGAUCUUUAGUGGGCACCAGUCCUCCAUCUUCCGUGAGCUUUUCUCUGGACAGGAAGUACAUAACUUCCAGCUAACUCGAGGGCCGGGUGACAACAAGGCAGGUCCCUCGACCCUACUGGCCUCCAAGAGUUCCCAGGAAAGCCCAGAGAGUAUUCUGGAGCUGGGCCUCGGAGUCGAUGGCAAGAACCCCAGCAAAAGCCCUAGCAAGGGCUGCAGCAGCUCAGCGGCCAAUGGGAGCCUGCCCCGGGAAAGGCUGAUGCACCAGGCCGUGGAGGACCUGCCACAGGGAGUGGAUCCUGCCCGCAAGGAGUUCUAUCUCUCAGACUCUGACUUUCAAGACAUCUUUGGGAAAUCCAAGGAGGAGUUCUACAGCAUGGCCAAGUGGAAGCAGCAGCAAGAGAAAAGGAAGCUGGGCUUCUUCUGAGCUGGGGGAGCCCUGCUCGCCACACCCCGAGUCUCCUCCUGGAAUAACUCGCCGUUCCUAAUAAAAAGUCAGUAGG